AUGAACCAUGGAGAACACCGUUCAAAACAUCAAGUUUACUCGAAAUUGGGGAAGAUGAACAAGGAAAUCAUGUUGUUUAAUGAUUUGUAUAACAACAUGAAACUUCAAUGGAAAAGAGGAGAAAGCGAUUAUGUGAUUUUAAGGAAAGCACUGAAAGUGUAUCAAAAAGAAAACCUGAAGGCUUUUAAGUUUCUUGAAGUUUGGAAUUUUGUGAAAGAUAAAAAGAAAUGGCAAAGUAGCAAAUUAUCAGACGAGCAUAUUGACAAUGGUUCAAAACGCAAUAGAACAUCUGAGUCCGACCACACUACAUUAGAUGCUAGUGUUCAAUUUGAUCUGAACGAAGAUGAAACUGUUCCAGUUUCACCACCUUCUCGACCAAUGGGAAGAGACAAAGCAAAAAGCAAAGGUAAAGUCAAAGCGUCGGAUUCAGAUGAGUUGAAAGAAAUGGGGACCGACAUGAAGGGUAUAAAAGAUAGAAUGGACAAGAUUUUGCAAAUUGCUUCUGAAAGAGAGCUGCGGAAACAAAGGGACAGCGACAUGCGGAUACUAUCUUUGGACACAUCGCAUAUGACCGAGGAUGAACUUCAAGUAAUUUUGACGAUGAAGGAGGAAGUGAAAAACGUUACACAAAUCGUGGCUAAUUUCUAG